AUGUCUGGAGAGACUCCUAAACCAGAGCGCCGGUUUUUGGUGGAUGAGUUCGAAUAUGAUGGUGUUAUACUAUGUUACCAUAGUUGGAGAGCUGCUAAACGACUUGUUGUUGAUGGAGUCAACCCACCGAAGAGGUAUUUCCGAUGUCGGAUGUACGAGUACGACAAUGAUAACGGGUGUGGGUUUCACAUGGAUUGGGACGAGGUAAUGUUCCCCGGUUUUUCAGAGUCAGAUGAUGAAGACAAAACCGAGGAGACCGUGAAGAAAUGA